UACCACAUGAAUUGAAACAGGAUCCUCCACUAUGGACAAGAGCACUGUAGAGGCUGGACUUAUGAAAGACUGCAACCAGCUAUAAAAUGCUGCCUUGGAAGAAGAAUAAGUUCGAUCUGAUUGAGGAAGACAAGCAGUCCAAGCAGAAAGGGUAUGCGGUGAGUCUCAAUUAUUCUGCACUCACCUCAUUUGCCAAGUCCUGCCCUGAGAGUGCGCUCAACAGGGUGGGCAACAUGUUCAAGUCAAAGAGGAAAAAGGUGAAGAUUACCAGUGAGGACCCCACAUACACCGUGCUCUACCUGGGGAAUGCCACCACCAUCCAAUCUAAAGGGGACGGCUGCACAGAUGUGGCCGUGAGCAAGAUCUGGGGCAAAAGUGAGAUGGGCAAGAAUGGCACCAAGAUGAGGCUGACCAUCAGCCAUCAGGGCAUCAGGAUGGUGCACGUGGACGACAAGGCCAAGAGGCCGGGACACUUGUACUUGCUGCACCGGAUUACCUACUGCGUCGCAGACCCACGGCUACCCAAGAUUUUUGCUUGGAUUUACAGGCACGAGAUGAAGCACAAGGCUGUGAUGCUGCGCUGCCAUGCGGUGCUGGUGUCCAAGCCGGAGAAGGCAAAGGCCAUGGCACUGCUUCUGUACCAGACCUCGGCCACAGCUCUGGCUGAGUUCAAACGACUAAAACGGAGAGACGAUGCCAGACACCAACAGCAGCAGCUUAUAGGAGAGCAGACCAUUCCACUGGUCCCCAUCAGAAAGCUACUAAACGGACAGUGUUACUACAAACCCCCUGUGGAACGCAGUCGCAGUGCACCCAAGCUGGGCUCCAUCACAGAGGACUUAGUUGGAGAGGAGGAGGAGGAGAAAGCAAUGCACUUUGAGUGUGAGGACAUUCUGGACACGGACGAUGACUGUGUUACCAAUGGUAAACAGGAGUUGACUCAGAUAAUUAAUGACCUGGGAGAGAUGAGCAUAGGAAAUGAUGUGCAGACACUGAAAGCUGAUCUUCGAGUAACCAGACUUCUCUCUGGAGAGAGCACAGGGAGUGAAUCCUCCAUAGAGAGCAACCAGGAGCCCCCUCUGCUCACUAAUGGGUUUGCAGAGGUGAAGGUGCAGGAAAUUGCCUGAAUAAUUAAAUUUAGGCAUGUCUGUGUGCCUCUGACGCACAGUUGUUUUUUGUUGUUUUUUUUCGAGCCAUGAUGUCUCCACAAGAGGCAUUUCCUCGGUUGUCAACAUUGUGUCGGAGAGUUUGUCUAAUCUGCGGCUUCAGUUUAUCCACAAAAGAACAUUUGUUGUUCUGGGACUUAUUGAGAACAGACAUACAAUCAGGCUACUAAAUGACAUUAAGAAAAUGUGUCACCACAGCAGGAAAAAACAGGAAAAAAACGAGUGCAUGUCCAUUUGAGGCAUAACAGAUUGAACAGACAAAAUCCCAGUGCGCCUUAGGAGGCACAGCACCAAUUCCAUCUCUUUUAUUUAAGAGGAUUUGCUUCAAGCUUGUUUAUCUAAAAGUUUUUUCUCUUGUGAAAAAUGCAUUUGUCUUUUGAACAUUGCUUGCUAUGAUCCAAAACAUUCCAUUUUUGAAACAUGUUUUCCCCAAAGUGGUCAAGUGUUUUGUUUUGUUUUAUAGAGGCAUCCUUAAUUUCUCCGACACAACCCUUUUGUAACAGCCUGUUCAUUUAUCUUAAUUUGCACUGUUGUGGGAUUCAUUUAAGUAUUAUGUUGACUAUUUGUUUGUUGGUAUGUUGUCUGAAACAUAAAUGUCAUAUCUUUGCUGUGCAAAAGAGAAAAACACUGUUGUGUACUAUGAUGUAAAGUAAGAUGUUUAAAGUAUAAAUAUGUUAUUUUUUAAAGGAUUUAAAAAUGUGGUUUGUUAUGUGAACCUCAAAGAAUUAUCAAUAAAACAACUGAAAUCA